UCACAAGGAUUAUCAAGAAUUUCGAGCUUGAUUCAAAAUGGAAAAAUUAAAAAAGUAGUAAUCAUGGCUGGAGCAGGUAUCUCUACAGCAGCUGGGAUACCUGAUUUUAGAUCUCCUGAAACUGGAUUAUAUGCGAAUUUAGAGAAGUAUAAUUUACCUUAUCCAGAAGCGAUCUUUGACAUGGAUUAUUUUAUAGAUGAACCAGAAGCAUUUUAUACAUUAGCCAAAGAAUUAUGUCCAGGAAAAUUCAAACCAACGAUUACACAUAGGUUUAUGAAAUUAUUAGAAAUUAAAGGGAUUUUGAAAAGAGUGUUAACUCAAAAUGUAGAUACGCUUGAAAGAUUAGCAGGAGUUUCUGAAGAAUUAAUUGUAGAAGCACAUGGUUCAUUUGCAGAAGCACAUUGUUUAAAUUGUCGUCAUAAAAUGAGUUUAGAAGAAAUGAAACCUUUACUUUCGAUUGGUGAACCGAUUUGGUGUAAAAUGAAAUCUUUGGUCAAGCCUGAUAUCGUAUUCUUUGGAGAAAGUCUUCCACAGAGGUUUUUUUCACACCUUUCAGAUCUGCCAGAAGCUGAUCUAUUGAUCGUACUUGGAACAUCAUUACAAGUUCAACCCUUUGCAUCACUUGUUACCCAAGUUUCAUCAGAUUGUAUAAGAUUAUUAAUCAAUCUUGAAAGAGUUGGAGAUCAAUUUUUCGAUUUCGAUCAAGAGGAUGGAAGAGAUAUUUUAUUUCUUGGUCCAACAGAUGAAGGAGUCAAACAACUUUGUGGACUUCUGGGAUGG